AUGAUGUCUGGUAAUCCUUCAAUACGAACUGAGUUUCCGUAUGACGUACAAAAAUUUUCUCAAGUAUCGAUUCCAUUAUUAGACAAUGUAAAACUAGCAGCAACUUUAUGGGUGCCGAAUGAACGACAUAAGUCUGACUUACAAUCAGCUCAACAUGGUGAUGAGUCUAAAUUUCCAGCAAUUUUAGAAUUUUUACCAUAUAGAAAAGCAGACUGGACGUAAGUUUGAUUGAAAUUUACCAUUGUUUGCUUUUAUUAUUUCAUUUAAAGUAGUAAACGAUAACGGUCAACG